AUGUCCAAGGAAUCACUAGCGCUUGUCGCAUACGGCCCCAUCAGUCGCGGGCAAUGGAAAUUACAGCCUGUUACUCCGCGCCCAAUUAGACCAGACGAAGCUCUAGUGCGGCUGGUAGCCAGUGGAAUUUGCCGUGCAGAUAUUCAUUUUGGCGAUGCUGCGACAGAAGGAAACUCGAAUCCGGGGAUUUAUUAUCCUCGCAUUUUGGGUCAUGAGGGAUCUGGAUUUGUUGAAAAGGUUGGGAGUGCGGUGACGAGCGUGAAGAUAAAUGAUCCAGUUAUCAUGUCCAUUUCAUCUUGCGGAGAGUGCUACAAUUGUGACGAUGGCCACCCGGCGUACUGUGUAGAUGGGUUUAAGCACAACUUUAUUGGCGAGAAGGAGAUGUAUUCUGCGUCAAAUGACGGCAACUUUGACAUUGCAGCGUCUUUCUUUGGACAGUCGAGUUUCGCCAGAAUGGCAAUUGUCAAAGCACGCAGCAUUAUCAAUGUCUCUGGUCUAGGCGUGACGACCGAGGAACUCAAGCUACUGGCACCACUUGGUUGCGGAGUCCAGACGGGAGCGGGAGCGAUGACGAAUAUCGCUGAUGUCCAACCCCAUCAAGACGUCGCUAUCCUUGGAACAGGGGGCGUUGGCCAAAGUGCAGUCAUGGCUGCUGCCAUGCGUCAGUGUCGAACAAUCAUCGCCAUCGACCACACCAAGUCUCGUCUGGAACUCGCAAAGACCCUAGGAGCAACACAUACCAUUGACACGUCCGACCCAAACAUUGACCUGGUCGCGGAGGUGCGCAAGAUUACCGGAGACAGAGGUGUACAUGUGUCUUUGGACACAACUGGAGUGCAGAAGCUGGCUAAAGCUUCAUGGAACUUUGUGCGAUUUCUCGGCAAGGUCUUGCAAGUCGGCCUUGCAAAGCCUCUAGAUCAAUGGGACGUCUCCAUGGCGGAUCAUAUGAAUUCUGGAAAGCAAAUUAUUGGAUGCAUACAAGGUGAUGCUAUUCCUCAAAAUUAUAUUCGUGAGAUGAUAGGAUGGUAUAAAGCUGGGAAGCUUCCAGUGGAAAGAAUUGCCAAUUUCUAUCCUGCGGAGGAAUACCAUCGAGCAUUUCAGGAUAUGGAAGAUGGAAAGACUAUCAAGCCUAUCUUGGUUUGGAAUGAUUCGUGUCAGUCUAAGAUCUAG